AUGGUUGAUGCAAACCGCGGCAAGAGCCUCGCGGUGCCGGACUCUGGUGUACGCAAGUUUACGCUCUCGUGUUCUCGAUGUAGGGCCUCCAAGUUAAAAUGUGACCGCAAAGAACCUUGUAUGGAAUGCGUCAAGCGUAAUAUCGGUCAUCUUUGCACCAAAGAUGAGCGUCAACCGAGAGCUAAACGGUCAAAAACCGAGCACAAAGACAAGACCGCCGCCAAGAAUGGUCCACCGGCGAAUGGAGAUGGCGAAGCGGAAGCAGAGGAGGCAGCGCGACUCUUGGAGCAUUUCGUCGAAGGAGUUCCUCGUCCAAAUACAUAUCUACCCGGUGUUUUUGGACCAACGCCGUCGUUAGUCGCGCCUGACUUUCCGAACCGGUAUUGGUCGACUAAUGACCCAAAGCGACACGGUGAAAAGCUCGCCUUGAUUCGAGAGAUUGUCGACGCGAUGCCGGAGCUGGAGAUGAUUCAUGUUCUUUUUGAAGUCUUUGUCACCCGCUGCCAAGGUCCGUUGGGGAAUGUCGUCCACACUCCAACAUUCAUGAAGCGAGCUGAACAGUUCUGCAACUGCUUAAGUCUUGCUUCACCGGACUCGCGGGUCUUGGCCAUAUCCAGUACAGUCUCUAUGGAGACACUAGGCUGUUUCCUCUUGGCGUUGGUACUCGGUCUCGCUUUUCAUCCUUCACCGUCACUACUCGGUUGGACCCCCACGUCUUUGAGUCUACGUGUGGAGGAGUUUAGAGCAUCUGAUAUGCGCUCCAAGACAUGGAGAUCGCUAAGCUUGCGCUGUCUCCAGGACGGAGUAUCUCUCUUUUGUGGCUCGAUCGCCGGUUUACAGGCCGCAGUUAUGCUUUUGCUGGACGGUCAGGAGGGCUUGUUGGCGCUGGACGCUGUUCUGGUUACGGCAAUUUCUGGAGCCCGCAAACUCGGCCUGCACCGGUUGGGUGACAUCAAGUUGGACGCCUCUGCAUCGCACUUUGCACCCUUGGGAAAUGGCACGUCAUCGCCAGCGGAACAGCCGCAUAUUCGAACGGAAAUAGGCAUUCGCAUUUGGUGGGCACUCGUACAGAGAGAUUGGUCGCGCGGUCAAGCCCUCGGCUACUACACCGUGCAUCCAUCGCAAUUCAACACCCGGAUGCCGUUGCACAUCAAUGAUGAUGAUCUCUGUCUGUCGAUGGAGAGGGUGAGCAUCAAUGGCGAAAUCAUGGAGCGGCCCCGUUCCGAGUUCACGAUGCUGUCGUAUACUGUCCACGCCCACGAACUCGCCACCAUUGUACGCGAAUCUAUUGAUCCAUGGGGAUCAGCGACUCAGCAGCCCGAUGCGACCACCGAAUCGACCAAGUUGCGUAAACAUCUCAACAACAGGUAUGAAGAGUACGUGGCUGGUCUGCCGUCGUAUUUUCGAUUGGGAAGCACUGUAGGUCUCACUGCCACCGGCCCAAUGGCAGCAAUCCCCGUGCAACGAUGGAUGUUGCACCAGCAACUGUGGAGCUUACUCCUGCGACUGCAUCGAGCCAAUCUCUCCUCUCCGAUUAGCCGUGCUUCCUGUCAGCUUCUGGCCCAAAACAUCAUCGGCACCCAAGCUCAGAUCCAGGCGCGAUGCGUUGUUUGUGGCACGCUGUCGACCAGCGAGACCCAGAUAUUCAACGCGGCCGUUGUCUUGCUUCUCGACCUGCUCUUCACACCCAAGCAAGCGGAUGCGGAUAGUGCCAGUACACACCUGAGUCGAUUGAUGAGUCGCGACAAGAUCAGGGAAGCUAUUGAAUUAUUACGGACAAAGAGCAUCACGGAAGGGUCAUCGCUUCAAGCUCUACACUUGAAUCAAUUCAAAGGGUCUGUCCAGCGCAGUGUCGUUGCUCUAGAAGCCUUGAUGAAGCUUGAAGAAGAGGACUCCGACAGUAGCGCUAAAAGCUCGCUAAGGCUCAAAGUUGCUGAUAUUAUCAGAGCGUUGAACGUAAGCGCCGACGCUGCCACCGCGCCCUUACAAGAGCAGCAGGCCCCCUUUGAUGCCUUUUCGCCGUUUAAUUUGUCGAUGCCGUGCGCCAAUGUCGCUGACGGGUUCCCUGACCUGGAUGUGCUGCCGAUUCUGUCCAAUGGUCUCAGCCCUAACUUUUGGCAAUUCUUGGACUUUCCCCCGCCACCCGUUGAUGAUCACACCAAGGAGGUUUCGUUGGCUACCCUGGGAGACCCGCCUGGCCCCCUUAGACUGGGAACCUCUCAAUUUACCGACUCGUAUAGUAGUUCUCCUAGCAGUCGUAUGAAUCACACCUCGCCAUCGCUACAGAGUGGACCUAUCAGAAUGAGUGGGGGUAGUGACUCCGCGACGAAUCCUUCGAGCGCUGAUGCCUACGUUGCCGCCGAGUUUUAUUAUGCCAUGGGUGAUGGGCCAAUGGCUCCUCUAUGA